GUGAGUGGGUGCGCGCGCUGCUCAGUGGAGCGUGUGGUCGUGUUUCCUGAUCAGAAGCGAUUUCAUCUGGAUUACACAUCACAUUACAGACUUUAUUAUUAUUAUUAUUUGCCUAUUAGUGGUGUUUUGGAUGCUUUUUUCCCCCGUUGUGAAGGUGAAACACGGCCUGUUUUUAUACCCUAGCUGAGUGUUAUUCUUUUCUGGUGCAUCGUCCCGCACUGACAGUGAGCUCAUGGCACAGGGGAGUUCUACCGCCUGUCGGGUUUGCUCAUGAUGUAACCGAAGGAACUGCGGGAAUGCAAGUAUUUAUCCGUGUGGGAAACCACAUGUAAGCGAGUGUUUAACUCGGACAGAUCGGAGGUUGUCUCUGUCGCCGGCUUGAAGGACUGGGACCUGGUCGUAAAUGGAUCGCCAUUGCAGUUUUGUUUCACUUUGGCUUCAGCUGGAACUCUGUGCCAUGGCUGUGCUCCUAGCUAAAGGCGAGAUCAGGUGCUACUGUGAUGCACCGCAGUGUGUUGCCACUGGAUACAUGUGCAAAUCGGAGCUCAACGCCUGUUUUACCAAGGCUUUGGAGCCAUUUAACACAAACUCCCCAUUAACACAUGGAUGUCUAGACCCACUAUUAAACUCUGUGGAUGUGUGCACUCAGAAGAACUCGGACGUUUCGAAUGGAGGCCCGUCUCCGAUUGAGUGCUGUCAUGAUGAUAUGUGUAACUACCGAGGUUUACCGAGUAUUGUUCACACACGAAGUGACCCUACAGAUCGUUACCAGACAGACGGCUUAAACCAGAACUUGAUCACACGAGUUCAAGAGUUAGCCUCGAAGGAGGUGUGGUUCCGAGCGGCUGUGAUCGCUGUACCCAUCGCUGGAGGCCUCAUCCUGGUGCUGCUCAUCAUGUUGGCAUUGCGCAUGCUGCGCAGUGAGAACAAGCAGCUCCGGGUGCAGAGACAGCAGAUGCUCUCACGCUUGCACUACAGCUUCCAUGGGCAUAACCAUGCCAAGAAGGGCCACAUGGCAAAGCUGGACCUGGAGUGCAUGGUGCCUGUGACUGGCCAUGAGAACUGCUGUGCAGGCUGCGAUAAACUCCGGCAGGCUGAACUGAGUGCGCAAGGAGGCGAACGCUUCCUCUCCCUUGUGCACUGGGGCAUGUACACAGGCCACGGCAAACUCGAGUUCGUAUGACUAGUGACUACUUGACUGUGCCGCUGUGCUGGGACCGAACUCGCUUGCUGGUCUCCAGGCACCAGAGUGAGGAUGUUCGCCUUGCUUGAACUGUGUAGCAUUUUGUUGCUGCACUAUUAAUUAUUAUUAUAAUUAUUAUUUUCCGUUUGCAUUGUAAUUUUAUUGUGUUUUUUUUUUUUUGUAAAUGGAAAGAGAAAUGAAAAGGCCACAGAUGUUUGCCUCGUCUUUUUUUUUUUUUCCUCGAUGGAGCACUUUACUUGAAUAAGAGCUUGAGAGGGCGGAGUUGUUGUUGAAAUAAGCCUCUCCAGCCCUGUCCUGUGGAUCCUUGACUGACACUGAAGACUGAAGGAUUCAUGUUAUUUGCACAUUUGUAUAAAAUCGAGAUGAAAAUACUUUUUUGCAUUUUGAAAAAAAAAAAAGUCACUGACACCAGGGUACAAAUAAGACCUUUUUUAAUUUGUCAAGUUCUAUAAAUAAAGGAGUGUUGACUGUAAA